AUGGGUAAAAGAAGAGAUAAUAAUGCUGAUAAAGAUGGCGGCGCUGCACCAGAACCGUCCCACAAGAAACACAAAAAGCACAAGAAACACAAAAAGGCUCGCACAGAACCGGAACCAACGUACGAGCUAGUAGAAGAGCAGCAAACCCUCGACGAGACCAUAGAAGUGGUUGAAGAAAUCGAGUACAUGGAGGCAGACCCAGAACCGGAAAUAGUUUCAGAAGUUGAGACAGAGCUGCAAACAACCUUCGACGCUAGCGUUUCCCAGAUCGACCUGCUGAACGAAUCGCAACUGGCCCAGCAGCAAAAGGCACUUUCGCCCGGCAAAUCACUUGCCGCUAUGAACAAAGCACAGAAAAAGAGCCGCAAAAGAGGGCGAGACAGUGGAACAUCCAGCGAGGAGGAACGUUGGCUUGACGCCAUUGAGUCCGGCAAGCUGGAAGAAGUGGAUGAUGAGCUGAAGAAGAUUAAGCCAAAAGAUCCCAAACUCAUGACCGCCCGGCAGCGUGCAAUGUACGAGCGUGGUUCGGACAAAGAGCCGGCACCGGGAUCAGAGCUCUUGAUGUCGCUACCGACCGGUUACAAGGAAAAAGUAAUGACUGAAGAAGCAAUACAAAAGGCUCAGCUAAAAUCGCAAAAGCGCAAACAAAUGGCUGACGAAAAGCGAGAAAAGGACAAGAAGAAAACGAUGGAGCGAUUGCUGAAAAAGCAAGACUCGAAAUCGGUGAAAGCGAUCAAGAACCGUCCAAUUAAAGAGAAAGUACCGAUGAUAACGUACGUUAAUGGUGUUGAUGGGGCAACGAUAUCUUUACCGCCGGAAGUCGAUUUUCCCUUGGCAAAACAAGCUCCCCGAGAUCCACCGAAACCUACGCUGUGUGCUAUCCCGAACUGCAACAACAUAAAGCGGUACAACUGUUCGAGAACGAACAUACCGUUGUGUAGUUUCGAAUGCUACAAGGCGAAUAAGGAAUCAAUAAAGAAAAUCCUCUUCUGAAGAAAA